GUGCCGCGCUGGUGGCGUCACGUCCGGUAGUGUCUCGGCGGGAUGGCGGCGCGGCGAUCGGCGCGGCUGGAGCGGAACCAGGACCAGAACCAGGACCAGGACCCCGAUCCCGACUGGGCCGGGAUGGCGGCGCUGCCCGAGAAGACCGUGAACGGCUGGGUCCUGCAGUUCUACUUCCACCGCGCCAUCGAGGCCUAUCGCUCCGGGCGCAACCGUGAUUUCCGCCAGUUCCGCGACAUCAUGCAAGCCCUUUGUCCUACAGCGCUGCUCGUGCGGCCCCUGGACAGGGAGCCGGAGAUGGCCCAGAUGCUCCGGAUAAUGCAGCUGCUGUCGCGGGUCGAGGAGGGCGAGAACCUCGGGAAGCGCCGUGACCCCCCCCCAAACGUAUGGAUGCCAAUUCUUAUAGAUUGCACCUUCGACAAGGAGUCAGAGCUGACCCCACUUGAGUCGGCCUUGCUUGUCCUGGACUUCAUCCAUGAGGAAUUCUCUGUGGCGGACAAGACCAUGGAGGCUGUGCAGAAAAUGGUGAAAGAAGCUGCUGUUGUUGUUUGCAUCAGAAACAAGGAGUUUGAAAAAGCUUCUGAUAUCGUCAAGAAGUACAUGGGAAAGGAGCCCAGAAACCAAAAGAAGAAGAAUGAGUGGCUGGCUGUCAUCAGGGAGAAGAAUCCCUCUCAUCCAAAGGUCAAAAACUUCUCCUACGAGGACUUCCAGCAGAGCAUCUUUGAGUUCCUGAAGGGCUACAUGGACGACUCGGAGCCAGCGCUGCUGACGCUGCUGAAAAAGACUUUGAAUUCGGAACAUGCCGACAAAGGAAAAUCCUCGCUGGAGACUUCUGAGUGUGCAGAUGGGCUGAACAACCACGCAGCAGCUCCCGAGACUUCCAGAGGGGCAGAGGGCCCAGCCAGAGCUCCAGAGGUCUCGGGAACGGUGGAGGGCCCAGCCAGAGCUCAAGAGGUCUCGGGAACGGUGGAGGACCCAGCAAAAGCUCCAGAGCCUGCAGGAGCAACAGAAGACCUGGAGGGAGCUCCCGGCCCUGCAGAAAGGGCAGCUGGUCCCACAGCAGCUCCAGAGAUUAUGGAAGAAGCUGGUGGCUCUGCAGCAACUGUGGAACCUAUGGAAGUAGCCACUGACCCAGCAGCAACACCUGAACAUUUAACGGCAGCGUACGACACCGUGAAGGGCGCUGCAGAGCCUAUGGAAAUAGCUGAAGAAGCAGCAGCAGCAGCCCCAGAACUCCCCAGAGUGUCCACCAGGGAAUCACAAAGGCAGCCCCCCGGAGCUGUAACCUCGUAUGGGAUUUCUGUUCUGAGAGAAGCUUUCAAGAUCCUGUCGGACUCCGGGGACUCGGACGCACUUUUCACCAAGCUGGAUGAAACAGACUUGCCUUCCCCCAAGCAACUGUCUCCUUCUGUAUCCCACAGAACCAAGAGAUGCAGAGAAACCGAGAAUCAAGCUUCUGAGACCUCAGAGCCUCCUGAAAUACCCCGUAUCAAAAACUUGUUCAGCAUAAGCAAUCUGAUCGUGGAGAUGGAUGGCUCGUCCAGCAAGUCGAGCGAGGAGUGCCCCGACUCUUCCCAGGAGCACGUGGUCUCCUCUGCUUCCAAACCUGCUCCGAAACUGCCUGACGAGCCCUUGUCUGCCCAGAGUGAGAAAUCCCUCCAAGGAAGGUGGAACAGCUCCUGUGGCACGGAGGAGAAGGACAGUUGGAGCGACGAGGAUGAGCUCUUUGCAAAUGCAGCGUCGCUUGAGAAAAGCAACGUCUCCAAGAUCACCAGCUCCAAGAAACAGAAAUGGACGGUGCAGGAGAGCGAGUGGAUCAAGGAAGGGGUGAAGAAGUACGGGGAAGGGAGGUGGAAAUCCAUCUGCCUGAAGUACCCUUUCCAGAACCGCACAUCAGUGAUGAUCAAGGAUCGCUGGCGGACCAUGAAGAAACUGGGAAUGCUCUGAAGUUGGGAGCUCAGUUUGUUUUUUUGGAGCUCAGUUUGUUUUUUAGGAGCUAAGUUUGGGGUUUUUUGGAAGCUGGAGCAGAGUUCUGUCUGUGCCAGUGUGGGGAGCCCCUCUGGCACCAUGAGUGAGAGGAACCCAGGAACCUUGUUUUCCAGCUGUGGAUCAGUGUGCUGCACCUGACCACUGCAGCUGCUGGAAUGAUUCCCAGCUGUUUGUUCUGCUCAGGUGUGAUCAGGAUCUCAUAGGUGACUAUUAUUUGUGCUUUAGUUGUCUGGUCUCUGAAUCACUUGUUGAAAACGAGUUUGUUUGUUAUCACUCCCUUGUGGAGGAGAUGCAGCACUGAUUCCCUGAGCUUCUGUGGGGAAGAAAUCCAGGCAAGAGGAUCUACUUAGAAUUUUUUUUCCUCCAUUCAUUUUUGCUUUGUAAAUGGCUAAUCUGUGAGGAGAAUUUCCUCCCUUCCAGCUCUGAGGCUUUAAAAAGCUAAAGUUACUUCAUGUUUCAGUAUUUGGAACUGUUUGUUUCCAUUGUAAAAAUUCCAGUUGUCUGACUUUAGUCAUGUUUUCUUUGCACUUUUUGUGGUACUGCCCUUGCUGGCUGUGAGUUCCAAGGCUGCCACGUGUUCCUGCCUUCAAGUUCCAAAGCUGGAACAGUUGUUUAUAAAAUAAAGUUCUUUACUUGGUUAGUA